GGAUCCGGAUCAUAUAUCACAACUGUGUCAGCAGUCUGAAGGUUGAGACCCCUUCCAGCUGCACGUAUACUAAGCAGGAAAAUAAAACAAUCAGUAUCAGGAUCAUUGAAAUCCACAAGUCCUCAUUAUUCCAGGGGAAUGUCUAUCACAUCUAGAAAAGCAGAGUACGUGAGUCAACAUGCACCUACUCGCUGUAAAAUUUGGUUCAUCUGCAAAGGGAAACUAAUCAAGACAAGAGAAGGAAGUUUCGAAGACCUUGGAAAUCCAUCGGAUUCGUUCACAGAACUCCAUACUUCAACUCAGAACCCAAACAAAGGAAACGAUCCAGAUAAAGAUCAUUCUGUAAGCAAUGGGAGCGAAGCAGACUGUGCUCCCGAAGAUUAUCUUUGUCCCAUUUCAAAGGACAUAAUGAGAGAUCCUCAUGUGGCUGCUGAUGGUUUCACGUACGAGGCCAAGAAUAUCAGAUACUGGCUAAAUAUAGGGAAUAAUACGUCGCCAAACACAGGAGCAAGGCUCGCUCAUCGCGAUCUUACCCCAAACUACACUCUUCGUUCACUCAUCAAGGACUGGCUGCAGCACCAUCCAAAUUAUAAACAUUGAUAUAUAUAUAUAUAUAUAGUUGGAGAUAAAUUUAAAUGUCGAUUAUAUUGUGAGUUUGGAAUCUCUUUGUGAGAACAAUAUAUAUGAUAUAUGCCUUUUU